CCCAGCUAAGGAUCCCCCUCCCCAAUCCACUCUCUAACUCUGAAAGUCUGAAACGGGCCAAAGGGGAGAACGCGGCGCAUCAACCUUCUCCUCUCACCGCACGGUCGCCGGUGCGUCUGCGUCUGCCAGCUCCUGCGCCUUCACUGCUGUCUGCGUCUGUCUCCUUCGUACGCGUAGCGUCGUCCCUGUGCCUUCACUGCGUCACCUCGCCUUCACUGUUUCACUCCAUUCCUUCUUUGUGGUUUGAGCGAAGCCGUCAAAACAGCGAAACACAACGCUCUCAGAUCUGCAGCAGCUUCAUUCUCUCUCUCUCUCUCUCUCUCUCUCGGCUCAGAUCCUACGCGGAUCUUCCUCAGCUUCCGUCCCUCCUGAGAUUUUUUAGGAAUAACACCCUCGAGAUUGAGAUUUGAGACCCCACUCAAUAAAGCGUUUCAAUUCCUUAUUCCCGAGAAACAAUAUGAAGAACCAGCAUGGUUAUGUGCCACCUUCUUACAUACCUUUGGGCCAAUCGGAGUCGGAGGCAGUGAAUCUCACACCACAGAAGAGCGGCGAACAACAAGCAAGUAGCAAUGGAUCAAACCAGAUGCAGACUCAGUGGUCUUCUGGAAUCUGUGCCUGUUGCGAUGAUAUGCAGAGCUGCUUUAUAGGGUUUAUUUGUCCAUGCUUUCUCUUUGGGAAAAAUGCUGAGUUUCUGGGUUCUGGAACCUUCCUGGGAUCAUGUGUUACACAUUUUCUGUUAUGGUCUUUGGUUAAUACAGCCUGCUGCUUUUUAACUGAUGGAUUGUGUUUGGCACUACCUGGAUGCCUUGUUUCGUGCUAUGCUUGUCACUACCGCAAGACCUUAAGGACAAAGUUUGAUUUGCCGGAAGCACCCUGUGGGGAUUUUGUUACCCAUUUUUUCUGUCAUCUGUGCGCCAUCUGUCAAGAGUACCGUGAAAUCCGCGAAAGAUCCGGGGAUAGUGCACCGACCGACAUGAAGCUUGCUGUAGUGACAGCCCCACCUAUACAAACAAUGCAGUCGGAUUCCGAGCAGUAAUGUCCCUGCCCUCCGCCCUCUGCGAUUCAAAUGUUGCAAACUCGGAACACAAGUUCAUGUCUUCUUACAAUAAUGCAUAUGAUCGCAUUGCCACGGUUGUACUUUUUCAAUUCUCUUACAGAAAACUAGAAGAAUAAAUACCCACUUGUAAAUGAUAUUUGAGUAUGUUUAGGACCUAGUUAUGUCACCUUUUACAAUUUGUUUGAUCCUGCUGUUGGGAUUAUUCCAAAUUCCUUAAGCAAGAGAAGUGUAGCUGCGUAAUUAAUCAAGUCUCAAUUGGGUGUAUCAUUUGCUACGUAAACUCAUUUCAUAGUUACACCAUUUGAUGAACGCAAAAAGGUCUCUUAUUAACUGCAUUUUAAUGACAGUUAAACGAGAAAAGCAGAGAAGCCAUGACACUAUAAACGACAUUGUAAACUCAAUAU